AUGAGAACUUGUAUAAUGUUUCUUAUCCUCUUUGCUUGCCAAAUGUUGGUAACAAUUGCUCUUGUUUUGAGUUCAAACACUGAUAAGCUUGCUUUGCUUGCAUUGAAAGAAAAGCUUACAAAUGGUGUAUCUGAUUCUCUUCCAUCAUGGAAUGAGUCUCUACAUGUUUGUGAAUGGGAAGGUGUUACAUGUGGUCGUCGCCAUAUGAGAGUCAUAAUUUUGGAUUUGAGGAAUCAAAAUUUAGGUGGUACUCUUGGACCAUCUCUAGGAAAUCUAACCUUUCUUAGAAAUCUCACCCUUAAGAAUAUCACAUUGCAUGGUACAAUUCCAAAACAAAUAGGUCGUUUGAAGCGGUUGGAAAUUCUCCAGUUAGGUGAUAACAAUCUUCAAGGAGAGAUUCCUCUAGAGUUCGCAAACUGCACAAAUCUUCAAGGUUUAGCUCUUCAGAUAAACGAUUUGUCUGGUAAUCUUCCAUCAAAUAUGCAUCUUGUUUUUCCAAAUCUUAAAGAAUUUUUUAUAGCAGGGAAUCAAAUAUCUGGAAACUUACCGUCUUCAAUAUCCAAUCUUACCAAACUUCAAAAGUUAGAUAUAUCAUUUAAUGCUUUUAACGGUCCAAUACCUCUUACUUUAGGUCAAUUAAAUAAACUUGAGUGGUUUGAUAUAGCCAACAAUAGUUUCGGGAGUGGGGGAGCUCGUGAUUUAGACUUUCUAUCUUCAUUAACCAACUGUACGCAAUUGUCAGCUCUCAUUCUUUUCCAAAAUAAUUUUGGUGGCGAGCUUCCCGAUCUUAUAGGAAACUUUUCAUCCAAUCUUAGUAUCCUUCACAUGGGCGAAAAUCAAAUAUACGGAGUGAUACCGGAACGAAUUGGGCAACUAACGGGUUUAACAUACUUAAACAUUGGAAUCAAUUUUAUGGAGGGAACGAUUCCAAGUUCAAUAGGAAAACUUGAAAAUCUAGUUAAAUUGAUCUUUCAAUCAAACAACUUACAUGGUAACAUUCCUACUAGUAUUGGAAAUCUUACUAUGUUGAUUGAUUUAUAUCUCAAUGACAAUAAAUUAGAAGGAAACAUUCCAUUUUCUCUAAGACAUUGCACCCAACUGAAGUAUUUAUCGAUCUUUCGUAACAAAUUGAGUGGUGAUAUACCUAACAAUACAUUCAUCUAUCUAGAAGGUUUAGUAAGUAUUCUUUUGGAGAAUAAUUUUUUAACCGGUCCUAUUCCUUUAGAAUUUGGUAGCUUGAAACAUCUUUCAACCUUGGCUCUAAACUCAAAUAAACUUUCUGGUGAACUUCCUAAAGAUCUUGGAGAUUGUUCAACAUUAACUAUCCUUUCAUUGGGGGGAAACUCUUUUCGAGGAGAUAUACCUGCAUUCUUAGGAAAGUUGAGUUCGCUUGAAAUCUUAAACAUUUCUUACAACAAUUUCUCAAGCAAAAUCCCCGUUGAACUAGAAAAAUUAACUCAUCUGAAUACUUUGGACUUGUCUUUUAACAAUCUCGCUGGCGAGGUUCCUACAGGAGGUGUCUUUAGCAAUUUCACAUCAAUUUCACUAGUUGGAAACAAGAAUCUCUGUGGAGGGGUACCUGAAUUGAAGCUUCCCGCGUGUUUGCCCCUCAAGAAACAUAAAAGAUUUCUCAAAAGGAAAAUUGUUUUCAUAAGUGUAAUUGGCGGGAUUUUGAUAUCUUUCAUAGCUUUUAUAAUUGUUCAUUUUCUCACGAGAAAGCUCAAAAGAUUACCCUCACAUUCUCUUCGAAAUGGAAACUUGAGAGUUACUUAUCGAGAGCUACAUGAAGCAACCAAUGGAUUUUCUUCAUCCAAUUUGGUAGGAUCGGGAAGCUUUGGUUCGGUUUACAAAUGUUCUCAUGUUUACUUUGAAAGACCUAUUGCUGUAAAGGUAUUGAAUCUUGAAGCACGCGGAGCAGCAAAGAGUUUCACGUCCGAAUGCAAAGCUCUGGGAAAGAUGAAGCAUCGAAACCUUGUCAAGAUCCUAACUUGUUGUUCAAGCGUUGAUUAUAAUGGUGAAGAUUUCAAGGCUAUUGUUUUCGAGUUCAUGCCUAAUGGAAGUCUAGAAUCGAUGUUGCACGACAACGAAAGGCAUCUGAAUGAUAAUCUAAGUCUGGAAAAAAGGAUGGACAUUGCUCUAGAUGUAGCUUAUGCAUUGGAUUAUCUUCACAAUGAUACCGAUCAAGUUAUAGUUCACUGUGAUAUUAAGCCGAGCAAUGUUCUUCUUGACGAAGAUAUGGUAGCCCAUUUGGGAGACUUUGGCUUAGCCAGAAUCAUUCAUGGCGCCGCAUGGAAUUCAAGUAAAGAUGAAGUUGUUUCUUCUUCCACUAUUAAGGGUACUAUUGGAUACGUUCCUCCCGAGUAUGGAGCGAGUGGUUCAGUAUCACCAUAUGGAGAUAUCUACAGCUAUGGGAUUCUUCUGCUAGAGAUGCUCACUGGAAAAAGACCAACAGAUAACAUGUUUUCUGAGGGUCAAAGUCUACAUGAAUUUUGCAAGACCAAAAUUCCAGAAGGUAUCUUAGAGAUAGUGGAUUCGCGUAUACUUAUGCCAUUUGUUGAAGAUCAAACAGGAAUUGUUGAAAACAAGAUUAGAACAUGUUUGGUGUUGUUUGCUGGCAUUGGAGUGGCGUGUUCAGAAGAGUUUCCUACUCAUCGAAUGAGUAUAAAAGAUGUUAUAGUUAAGUUGAAGGAAAUUAAACCAAAGUUUCCACGCUAG